AUGACCACACCUUUAGAUGUACUUUCCAAAGGCUUUCCAGCGGAGUUUGCCGCGUAUCUCAAUUACACUCGUGCUCUCCAGUUUGAGGACAAACCGGACUACAGUUAUUUGAAGCGUCUCUUCCGGGAUCCGUUUGUACGGGAAGGCUACCAUCUUGAUUAUGUGUUUGACUGGACGCUGAAGCGGCUUCACGAGAGUCUGUUGAUGGAAGAUAAGACGACAAAAGCUGGGCAAGAGGGGCAAUAA